AUGGCUGUUUCAUACCUUUGGGAGCCUUGUAUGCUGGGCAUCACCUUGCUUGGCUAUGCAGCACUGGCGACCGGCGCUUACCUCAAUCGCCGCAAGCGGUUGCGGCUUUCUGAGGACUCCAAAGCCAUGUCGGAAUGUGAGAGGUGUUCCGUCGAUUUCGCACACCGCCUGGUUCCUACAGUCACUGUGCCGGAAUACCGCUUCAGGGGCAUGCACUUGAAGAUGUCAUCCAUGCGCAUCGAGUUUGAGAACUUGAGCGUGAAGCUCAAGUCCAACAAGAAGUGCAUUCUGGAGGGUGUGACUGGAGAGUUUCGCCCCAAGAGGGUGGCAGCUAUCAUGGGGCCGUCUGGGGCAGGGAAGACGACCUUCAUGAAUGCCUUGUGUGGUCGCGCCUACUACGGGACCACCACGGGUUCCAUCCGCAUCAAUGGUCAGACCAGUAGCAUUGCUGCGAUCAAGCCGCUUCGGGGUUUCGUUCCACAGGAUGAUAUCGUGCAUGAACACUUGACCGUGCGAGAGCAGCUCUACUAUUCUGCGCGUUUGCGCAAUGCGGAGGGCACUCCACCAGCAAUGAUCAACAACAUCGUUGAAGAUGUGUUGAACGUCAUGCAGCUGCUGGAUGUACAGCACAGCCUGGUUGGAGAUGUGGAGAAGCGUGGCAUCAGUGGAGGACAACGAAAGCGAGUGAACAUCGGUUUGGAGCUUGCAGCACGUCCUACCAUUUUGAUGCUGGAUGAGCCGACCAAUGGCUUAGACGCCAGCACCGCUUUGGAGAUCAUUCGCUCGGUGAAGCGGCUCACCGCCAUAGGCAUGACUGUGGUGAUGGUGGUGCACCAGCCUCGUUACUCGCUUUUCACUCUCUUCGAUGAUUUGCUUCUUCUUGGUUUGGGUGGCCAAACGGUCUACUUGGGCCAACGUGAGGGCGCUCUUCCUUACUUUAGAAGCUUGGGCUUCCAAAUGCCUCAGCACGAAAAUCCAGCGGAUUGGUUCAUGGAUGUGAUCUCGGGCAUUGUAAAGAACGAGAAGAAUCCAACUUUGCAACCAAAAACGUUGGCGAAUGCAUGGGCUGAGUUUGUGACAAAUGUCAUGGCUGAUGAUGUGGAGUCGGCUCUGGGCGCAGAAGGGCCUGGCCUGGACGCGUUCGCAUUCUCAAAGGCAUUGGAUGCCAAGCUCUGUAGUGCAGGAUUCCGGGACAGGGACGUGUUGAGCCCGGAGCAGCUGGCAGACUUCUUGGAAUUCUUACACGUCAAGAAGCCUGCUGAUGCUGCAUGGGAACAGCUGAUGGAUCGUAUGGGAUUCCAGGAUGGAUUCAUCAGCCGACAGAGGUUGACCUCUUUCCUUCAUGGUUUGACCUUUUCCUUCUCCCAGGAUGCAGGCAAAUAUGUGGAGGAUUUCACAUCCUCCGAAGCGUCAGGCACUUCCAAGGAGACCUCCAUCAGUGACUCCAUCAGCGACAUUCCGGGCAAGAAGCUUGGACGCCGUGGACGGUUUUGCAUUCAAUAUCCUAUUUUGCUUCACCAAAACAGUAUCCGGUGGGCAAGGGACUGGAAGCACAAGCUCAUCAGCACGGUCCUCACCAUUUUUACGGCGGCCGUUUUUGGCCAGACUUGCAUAGACAAGCUGAUCCCCGAAAACAUUUUGUGCCCGCUGAAGAUCAACAUCUCUCAUCUUGCCAUUGGCUUGGUGUGUGGGGUCGUUUCCUUGCACAUUUUUGGUGCUGAUCGGCCCCUUUUUUGGCGCGAGAGCGCCAGCGGAGUGGGAGUUCCUGCCUUCUAUUUGGCCAGGGUGACGGUGUCCCUGUUCGAUGUCUUUGCAGGGUGCUAUUUGUACACUCUCGUGUGGAUGUGCUCCUCAAAGGCUCCCUGCAGCUUUUGGUUGUGGCUCGUGUCCUUCCGCAUGACGGCAGUGGUGGCCAGUGCAGUGGGCAUCUUGAUGUCUACGCUGGUGCCGAAACAGAACUCCACGCUUGCAACAGCUGUGCUCUUGCUGGUCAUGGGUGGCGCUCUCAGUGAACCUCAGGUGAUUGCAGAAGUUGAAGGCCUGAGCACAGCACUGGCAUUCCUCUCUCCGUUCACCUGGACUUCGGGAGAGAACUACAUGGAGCUGAUUGCAGUGAGUGGUGGGGAAGAGGCGGUGGAUUACUAUGCAGUGAUGAUUGUCGAGGGCUACAAGAAAGUGCUGCUGUGCCUAGGGGGGAGCACAUUGGGCUACGUCACCUUAGCCUACAUUUUCUGCAGCCUUUUUGCAAUUCUUGCACUAGUCUUUGGCUACCUUGGUCUUCGGUUCUCUCAUCGUGGAAAGCAGGCAUAA